AUGACCGGUCGCGGUAAAGGAGGAAAGGGUCUGGGAAAAGGUGGAGCCAAGCGUCACAGGAAAGUGCUCCGUGAUAACAUCCAGGGCAUCACCAAACCGGCCAUACGUCGUCUGGCAAGAAGAGGAGGCGUCAAACGUAUCUCCGGUCUGAUAUACGAAGAGACCAGAGGCGUACUCAAAGUGUUCCUCGAGAACGUCAUCCGCGACGCGGUAACGUACACCGAGCACGCUAAGAGGAAGACCGUCACAGCCAUGGACGUCGUGUACGCCCUUAAGCGUCAGGGACGCACCCUCUACGGUUUCGGCGGGUUAAAGCAGCAGCAGCAGCCAUAUCCUCCGAUAUACACACACGAAGACGACGACGUGAUAUAA